AUGCUCUCUCUACCAUCUACCUCGUCCACAGCAACUCAAACGCCUACCUGCCACUCUUCUCCUCCGCCUCCUGCUUCGCAACAAGAAUUGUCUUCACCGGCAUCCUUCGACUCAAGGGCCGAGUUUCCUCUUGCCAAAGUUUUCGACGUUGAAAGCCCAACCAAUAGCUACGGAGAUCAAGCUCGGCCAGGUCGACGAAAGAGGAACAGAGGCUCUCGUCAAAGGCUGUCGAACCUCCCAACACCACCCUCACCUUUCGGUUCACAUCUUGGUAUGCCGCCUCCGACGCCACGAUCGACGCCGUACAACCACGUUCCUCGGCACAGAUCGCGCUUCACACCGCGUCCCACAAGGCGCGAACUAGCAGUGGAAAACGGCGAGGUACCACGAUCGGAUCCAGAGCAAGUGUACGACACGUUUCUGUCGGCGGUCGAUUCGUUCAAGAAGCUAGCGGUGAGAUGUGGCGAGAUAGCAGCGGAAAUCAUCACGCAGCGAGGCAAGAAGGACUGGACGGUACAAGUGACCAAGACCGCAUUGGUUCUUGUGUGCGUCUUCCGGCCGAGAUGGGUGUUGGGCGCCAUGAACGCGUCGUACUCAGUGUUGAGAGAUCCGUGGAGGUCGUAUCAUCACGCGCUCUAUACAGUGUUCAUUGCUAGGUUUUUGAUCCCCUGA